UCUGAGCUCUGAGCCCUGGCUUCCCCGGGAGGUGGGCGAGCUGCGGGGAUCCCAGGGCCACCGGCGCGGGGCCCACUGGGGAGCAGCCAGCCGCUGGCGGGGAGUGUGAGCCAGCGAGGGACUGGCCACUGGAGUCACCCAGAGAGGGGUUGCAGCCAGCCCUUUCCAACCUAAAGCUUGUGUCCUGAAAUCUGAGAUUUGACCCAGAUAAGAUGAUGGGAUCCUCCUGUGAUUUCGAGCCAUAUCGUACUUAGAUGAAGGCGGGACUUCCAGGCUCACUGAGAGCUUGCUACUGUACGCACACUUCUUGCUUGUUUGGCACGGGUGACCAUGCCGUCUCUGCCUCAAGAAGCAGGAUCCUCUCCCUUGGAUCUGAAAACGGAAUUACCGUAUCAUCAACGCACAAUGAACAGCAAAGUCAGAAAAAAGAAAAAGAAGGGAGUUAUUACAGCAAAUGUUUCUGGGACAAAGUUUGAAAUUGUUCGUUUAGUAAUAGAUGAAAUGGGAUUUGUAAAAACUCCAGAUGAUGAUGAAACGAGCAACCUUAUCUGGUGUGAUGCUGCCGUCCAUCAGGAGAGAAUUACAGAGCUGCAGAACUACCAGAGAAUCAACCAUUUCCCAGGAAUGGGGGAGAUCUGUAGGAAGGAUUUCUUAGCAAGAAAUAUGACGAAAAUGAUCAAGGCUCAGCCUCUGGAUUAUGCUUUUGUUCCUCGAACUUGGAUUUUCCCUUCUGAAUAUACUCAAUUCCAAAAUUAUGUAAAAGAAUUGAAGAAAAAACGGAAGCAGAAAACUUUUAUAGUAAAACCAGCUAAUGGUGCAAUGGGUCAUGGGAUUUCAUUGAUAAGAAAUGGGGAUAAAAUUCCAUCUCAGGAUCAUUUGAUAGUUCAAGAAUACAUUGAAAAGCCUUUCCUAAUGGAAGGCUACAAGUUUGAUUUACGGAUUUAUAUUUUGGUUACAUCCUGUGAUCCAUUAAAGAUAUUUCUCUACCAUGAUGGGCUUGUGCGAAUGGGGACAGAGAAGUACAUCCCACCAAAUGAGUCCAACUUGAGCCAGUUGUACAUGCAUCUGACCAACUACUCUGUGAACAAACAUAACGAACGGUUUGAACGAGACGAAACUGAAGACAAAGGCAGCAAACGUUCAAUCAAGUGGUUUACAGAAUUUCUAAAUGCCAAUCAAUAUGAUGUUGCUAAGUUCUGGAGUGAUAUUUCAGAACUGGUGGUAAAGACUCUGAUUGUAGCAGAACCUCAUGUCCUGCACGCAUAUCGAAUGUGCAGACCCGGCCAGUCCCCAGGAAGCCAAAGUGUCUGCUUUGAAGUCCUGGGGUUCGACAUCUUGUUGGAUAGAAAGCUAAAGCCAUGGCUUCUGGAGAUCAAUCGAGCUCCGAGCUUUGGAACGGAUCAGAAAAUAGAUUAUGAUGUCAAAAGGGGAGUCCUGCUGAACGCCCUGAAGCUGCUGAACAUCAGGACCAGUGAUAAAAGGAAAAACAUGGCCAAACAAAAAGCUGAGGCUCAAAGGAGGCUAUAUGGUCAAAAUACAAUAAGAAGGCCUUCACCAGGCUCCUCCGACUGGGAACAGCAGAGGCACCAGCUGGAGAGGCGGAAAGAAGAGUUGAAAGAGAGACUCGUUCAAGUACGAAAGCAGGUUUCUAGAGAAGAACAUGAAAACCGCCAUAUGGGGAAUUACAGGAGAAUUUACCCUCCUGAAGAUAAGUCACUGCUAGAGAAGUAUGAAGGUUUGCUGACUGUGUCCUUUCAGACCUUCCUUUCAGGAAGGGCGUCUUCAUUCCAGCGAGAACUGAACAACCCUCUGAAAAAGAUGAAGGAGGAAGAUAUUUUGGAUCUUUUGGAACAAUGUGAAAUCGAUGAUGAAAAGUUGAUGGGAAAAACAACCAGGAUCCGAGGACCAAAGCCCCUGUGCUGCAUGCCAGAAUGUGCGGAGGUAACGAAGAAGAAGAAGCAGCAUUUCUGUAGCAGUGAGAGCAGCUAUGACAGCAGCAGCAGCUACAGCAGCAAUUCAGAGCUGGACGAAGUUGAGAGAGAACUGGGCCAGAAGAGACGAGAACGAGGCCCUUACAAGCCUAAGUACUCCAGUCACUGCAAGAUAAUUCAGCAAUCCUAUUCCAUGAGGCGUUCGGUCAGCUGCCCUCGGUCCAUCUCUGCUCACUUAGCUUGCAGUGGGGAUGCGCGCCCCUACUCUUCUCAACAAAUGAUUCCAUUAGUACGACCAACUUCAGCAACUCGGUCACGUUCCUUAAACCGCGCUUCCUCCUACAUGAGGCACCUGCCCAACACUAAUGAUGCCGGCUCUCCCAAAUCCCUCUUGAAUGAGCCUUUUCGGCAACUGAAAACGAAAGAACAGGAAGAUGACUUCACAAGCCAGACCUUGUUUGUUCUCAAGGACAUGAGGAUCCGCUUCCCGGGAAAGUCAGAUGCAGAGUCAGAACUCAUGAUAGAAGAAAUCAUGGAUAACUGGAAGCAUUAUAAAACAAAAGUGGCUUCAUAUUGGCUCAUAAAAUUGGACUCUGUAAAACAACGAAAAGUUUUGGAAAUAGUAAAAGCAAGUAUCCGUACAAUUCUUCCGAGAAUCUGGAGGGUCCCCGACGCUGAAGAUCUGAGUUUGUACAGGAUUUUCAACCGAGUGUUUAAUCGCUUACUCUGGAGUCAUGGCCAAGGACUGUGGAGCUGUUUCUGUGAUUCAGGCAGAUCAUCCUGGGAGAGCAUCUUCAAUAAGAGCCCAGAACUGGUGACUCCUCUGCAGCUCCAGUGCUGCCAGCGCCUGGUGGAGCUUUGCAAGCAGUGCCUAUUAGUGGUUUACAAAUACACAACAGAAACUAGAGGACCCAUCUCAGGUGUUGGUCCUGACUGGGGUAACUCCAGGUGUGCGCUACCAGGAACUACCCCAUUCCUCAUGAGAUCACCACUGUACAACAUGAAAUAUAAUUCACCAGGAAUGACUCGCUCCAAUGUUUUGUUUACAUCCAGAUAUGGCCAUUUGUGAAACAGAAUGGAAGAUUGCCAUGCUAGGCAUAAUUAGCAAUUCAUUUAUUUCCUCCAGUUGAAGCUUAAGGAAGUGACCCUUUUGUGCUGUUUUAUGUACAUAUGUCAUAUAACUGUACGAACGACACACAUGCACUCAAGUAACAUAUAAAUAUAUAUAUAUAUAUAUUUAUUAUAUGUAAGAAGAAUUAGCAGAAAACGGAAUAUAAGAUUUAACGUUUCUGGAAAUGUAAUAAACCAUGUUAAAGUUGUUUACACAAAUACGCAAAUGUGUAGAAUUUGCUAGGUUUAUAAUUAAUUACUUCCUACUAGAAAUGUUAUUUUUGCUGCAGAGUCUAUAAAGCAGAAUUGAUCUUGAAGAUCCCAUCACUGUUUUGAAUUAUUUUCCAGAUAACACAGCUUUCGACUUGAGAAAGUACUGAUAGUAUCUAUUAUUUCUCUCACUCAUAGUAGCCAUUUAGCAGUGAAACAUAAGACUUACAGGGCUCAACUUGACUAUGGAUUAGGAUAAAACAGGUUGUUAUUACUAUAGCACACUGUAAAGCACUAGAGAAUAUCCCAGCCUGACUCUCCAACAUUUUAUUCCCCUAUAUGGAAAUUUAGCUGCUUGUUCUAGUACACAUUUCAAUUAAAAUCUGAUAAAAUCCUGGUGUGAUCUAAAAGUGGGAGAUGAUCCCAUGGCCUAAGAAUAAAAUAUGAAUGUGCUUUAAUUUGACUUUUGUUGUAGGGAAUUACAUAAAAAAAAGAAAAAAACAAGACAAUGGCGGUGACAGUCUUUGGUGUGUGACUUUUGUGUCUCAUAGCACUUGCUUCUUUUGGAAAGUAUGUCGUUGAUUGGUUUACGUGUCUCAGUGUUGAGACCAGUUUGCCUUGCAAAGUCUACUAGUUUCUCAUUUCACCUCAUAAAAUAACCUAAAGACUCUGAAGAGAAGGUACCAGUGAGCACAUGUCACUGUUCGUCCAUGUGCCCUGGAGGGGUCUAUUGUCUUCCUGUUCACAGGCGACAUGCAUGGUCUCAGAGACUGCACUCCAGUUCUUCCUUUUCUUGCCUGAAGUUUCUAAACUGUGUGGGCUCUCAGUUUUUCAUACAAGAUAGACAGCACACUCACAGAUUGUUGAACUCUUCAAGCUUAAUACUUGCUUAAACUUUCUUCUGAUGUUUUUAUUUACAAUGCUAAGUACUUACAAAACUUGAGAAUGUUUACCACCUUGUCAUAUCCUAAAACUGAUUGCCAGUAAAUGAAGAAAUAGCUCCAAAGCAUCAGAAAGGCCAUUUGGCCAGGUUUCAACCAAAGCUGGGUAGGUGGUGGCUCAACAUUAUUAGGCUUUUAAAACUAUCUUUGCAGAGUAUAUUUUUAUUGUAAUCACUUUUAUACAUAGUUCUGGUAGCUGCUACUUUAUGGCUGCCUACCUACACAUAUCACAGCACAGACUUCUUACUGGAAACAUCCCACAUAUUUUUUUAAAAAAGUGUUUUUGAAGGAGAAUAAAACCUUCACAUGAAGAAAAUGAGUGUGGUAUUUGGGAGUCCAUAUUGUGAAUUUUUUCAAAAUGGCAUAGAUUUCUUAGAAUAAGUGAGGCAGAUAUUGGAAAUUUACAGAAUCUUUAUGGGAAUAAUAAUCAAAGCAGUCUUUUUUAAAUGACUUAUUUGUAGUCAAUUUGUUUUGUUUUCAAUUAAUGAUUUAAAAAUCAUGGGGGAAUGAAAGAAAAAUCAUAAAAGUCAUGGAGAUAUGACUGCAAAUGAUUAGUAUGUGAGACCAACUUAAUUUGUUGGUCAUUUGCUUUAUCUGAAAUCACAAAUGAUCAUUGGGUUGAAUGUAUUCUUUGAAACUUCUAUCUUGUAGAAGAAAGGAUUUUUCGCUUAAAACAAAAAAAAAAAAAUUGAGAGUACCUAACAUUAGGAGUUUUCACCCUAGAAACACACAUACUUUGAAAGCUAAGAGUAAAUUUAAAUACAUAAAACUGCCAAGUAUUUAUGAACAAACAUCAUUUCCUUAGCUACUCAAGCAAGGCUUUAUUUUGAGCACUAGAAUUUCAUUGCCUACAUUUUCCUGUUUUGACUAGUUGGAUAUGAUGACGUUGUGCAGAAAGUCAUGUGCUCAUUGGGUACAUGCAUUGCCUGGUACGCUAUGCACUGUGGCUUUCAUAGCACUGUUCCCUAGUGAGUAGCUGUGAGAAGACAUCUCAAUGAACCAUGGAAGUCUAAGGAGGCCAUAGACAGGUGUUAGAGGUAUUAAGUUUUUAAGUUUUAGUUAUCAAUUUCUUAUGUGUACGCUUAAAACCUAUCUGCAUAAGAGACAGUGUAAAUCUCUCUUUCAUAGAAGAGAAAGAAAACUCCAGAAACUAGUUAAUCUCACCAUAGUUUUCCUUAGAAUUAACUUUGGUGUCCUUACAAGGGAAGGGGAUAAGUAUAGACAGGCAGCUCCAGUUGUUUGGUUCAUCUCAAGGUUGGAAUGCUUCCGCAAGCUGUAAGAUACAGAUGUUUCCCAAACUUGUUUGUUUUAUGUCAUCACCUACAAACACAAAAGUUUUCACUUGAAUAAGUCAGCCUUGUGGCGUUAAGUCUGUUUUAAGACCCUGUUUCAAUUUGUAUUUUGUUUUUACUGUGCAAGAAUUUUAUUUUGUUAGCUUUUAUUUAUCUUUCAUAUUCAAACAUAAAGUUGUACAUGGAACAGAGAAUUAGGCAAUACUGCUAUCUGAGAGAUGUAAGAGUUUCCCUAAAUUAGAUCAAAUAUCUUAAGUUUCCACAACUCCUCAUCUCUAAAGUUCAAACCAAACCAAAACCAAACCUCUUCCUCUUACCUAAUAUUUAUGCAUGCACAGAGAAUAAAUGUUCCCUAGACCUCAAGAAAAUGAUUUCACUCAAACUAUCACUUUAGCUUGGAAAGUAGAAGAGUAUGGGAUUAUGCUGAUCUGAAAGUUCAGAUGUUUGGGUAUAAAUUCAGUGCUUUCUUUAACAUGUCAGUGUCAUCUUGUGUAAACAUUAUCUUCAAAGUUAAACAUAUGCAAUACAUACUAUUCAAAAAUACUAAAAAGUUAGCUGCAGACUUGUCAUAACUUAAUCUUCUAUGAAGCAUUGAUUCAUUCUUAAACAUUUAUCCUUUAAAAAGUAGUAAAUACCUCGAGAGUGAUAGAAAAUUCCUUCCUUUUCUAUUUCACAAUGCUAAUUUACAUUCAGAAUCUCAUGUACUUGGUUCUAAGCAUUAAUCAACAAUAAAAAAUAUAACUGUACAAUUGUGUUCCUGUGACCUGGUGAUUCUUGGACAUUUUCUUUUCCCUUUAAAUUGAGAGCUUCAAGUGUAAAGGGUCAUGCCAUCUGCAUAUUGAUUAUUAGAUAUUUAGUUGUUUGGAUUAACAUUGGCUUUUAGAGAAAUGAAAACUCUAGAAAUAUCUUUCAUAAAGAAAACUCAAUUCCUCACACUGCUUUCUUUCUCCUAUUUUCCUUCUUUAAAUUCCCUUUGAAACUUUAGCUGUGCAUGGAUGAAGUAAAGAAAAGAGAAAUGCCGCCUUUUAAGAGUUGGUCUUCCUUGAAUUCUCAUAGUGGUGUGUUUUUACCUGAACAACAACAAUGAAACUUGAAUAAAAUGUUGAGUCAAGUUUAGUUUGCUGAGGAUGCUAGGAACAAGGUUGAAUCUGUGUCUGUGUGAAGAUGUGCUUCAAUUGUCUUGCAACAGAAAUUGAUGCAUUGAAACGGCACAUGUUGAGAUUGCUUUCAACCUUCAGGGCGCUGCCAGGAGGUGGUAUAUGGCGUAUUGGAAGAAAUUUACUCAGGUGACCCACUGUGAUAGUAAGAGGGGUGUGUCAUCUAGGAAGAGCCAUGUAGAACUUCUACCUGUGAACUUGAAAGCUCUUGAUUUGGCAAACACAUCACUCAACAGGCUAACUACUCCUAAAUUAGUAAGAAAGCUUGCCUUUGAAAAGUGGUCAGAUAAUUAUUCUGUGUGUUUCAAAGGCUAACAGCCAUUUUUUUGGUCCUUGAAGUCAUAUCAGAACAACUGUACCUGUGACAGCAUCUGAAUUUUAAUGGACUUCCACAGAAGUCUGAAUCUGAGGGUGAGAGAAUACAUUUGCUAACAUGAAGCAUAGAUCAAAUUAUCUCUGUGUGCUCUACUUCCUGUAUACAAAUACAAAUGUUACAGAAGAUACGCUUGAAAUGUCAACAAAAUGUGCAGCUGGCAUUGCCAUGGCAUGCUGUAGCAUGUGACACCUGUAUGGUGAAAUUACUUCAGUUACUCAGACACAUUACUAUAAUAAAAAUGUCAA